AUGAAUUUGACCAGCGAUGACGAAAAACGCCACCUUUCUCAAAUGAAAAUUCAAAGUCCAACAGCAAUACAUUUGCAUAAAGAUGCCAAGGCAAAACAUGGAGUUUAUCCGCGCUGGCAUUCAGAAAGAAGAUUGAAAGAUAAUCAAGGCGAAAUUACGCAGUGUUUGGAAGAUCGAUCGAAUCCCCUGGUUGAGGUAACAUCCUAUGAAAACAGGGCCGCCAAGUGCUGUCAACGAGGAUUAUUAGGGACAAUCUCGCACAAUAAGCCAGAUUCUGUACCCCUCGCAGGCAAUUUCACUCCUUUACCGAAUAUAAAUAAAUUACAAGGCCAAACAACGUCUUUCAACAAAUCUAUUCAUUGCCACUCCAUUCCUUUCCAUCCAUCAUCCAAUUCCAAACAUUCCACAGUCAUUACCAGUAAAGCAAGAAGCGAUCAUCAUCACCAUCACACACCAAUUGCACCAUAUCGACGUCUGCCUUUGUCAUAUCGUCAAUCAGCCAAAAGGAUUGUAAGAAAAUCGAAUCGACUAUUCGACGACAGUCUUUACUCAAAUCAAAUAUCGCCACAACAGCAGCUCAUAUCAGCUCAAGGCAAUCCAGCACAAGAUCAUCAUCAAAAACAAGAGGAUCAAUCAGAUAGCAAUAUCAUACAAUCAGAAAAAAUGAACAAUUUCAAUCCAUUGUGCGCAGAAAUUGCGCAUUUACCCACGAUCGAAAGCGCAGAUGAGGCAAACUCUCCACCUUCUACUCCAUUAACAACAUCGUCCGGUCAUCAUAGGCAGAGCAGUACAUUCUCAGGUCGUAGGAGCUCAACAGCAUUGUCAACACAUGCGGACUCGUAUCGUUCCUUGAAAGGAAAGGGGAGCAAGAGCAAAGGUUCCUCCGCAUGGGAUGAGGAAGAAAAGCAGAAGAAAAGUCCCUCAAAAACCCUGUCGAAGUGGAAGAAUCUAGGAGCCACUAACAGAGUGGAAAAGAAGAAGGUCAAGAAUGACAUCGUUCUUACACCAAAGUCUAUUCUCAAUAAGUCGGUUUCUUCCAUCGACUUGUCAUCGAAAGAAGACCGUGGUUCGCCCGUCGUCAGUCCAAGGGAACAAGGAGAACUAUUGCGCAAAUCUGGUUCUUUGUCACCACUAAAUAUUCGCACAUCUGAACCGGACUUCUUUUCUAGUUCAUUUGGUAACGUGCUGCAAAGCAAUGCAUCUGUGAAAUCGCUCACAAGUUCAUUGACAAACGGCGUCAACCCUUCUUUUGAGAUUCAAACAAGGCACAAGGAACAUUUUCCUAACCGAUCAUCAUCAAUGCAAGAAGGCGAUAAAGCACCAAGUGAUUACAGUUGGAUGCAUGGUGCAACUCCACCGAGUCCUAGAUAUCCUCAAAGCAUUUCAAGUAGCAAAAAAAUCAGCUCAACACCCAGAGGUCAGGCAAGAGUUACGAGCGGAGAUUCAUCAAUUGGUAGCAGUACGAUUCAAAGUGUUCCAUCUUCGCCCACACAGGAAAUCUUGUGGGAUUCAAAGAGAAAGAUGCGAUAUCAAACAAAUUCCACUUUCUCUUCUGUUUCUACUUUCUCAAACAAUUCUGGCGCAGACUUUGGUACAUCCACCGAUAAUGCUCUUCUUCAAGGUCUUCAGUCGCCCAUUGGCUCUCUCGAUAUAUCCAGCCCGCCUUCAAACAACAAACGGGUUUCCAAGAAUAUUGGUGUCCAAAAUAUCCGCAAGACUGCUACCAAACUUCAAGAAGCUUUGCGUGAGAGUGAAGAGAUUGAAGAAGAGGAAGAAGAAAAGGAAACGGGAUACAAUGCAAAUGGAACUGAAUUAGCGUAUGCCAAAAGUCAAUCGAGUCAUACUUCGAGUAUAACUGCAUCUUCUCCAUCAAGCAUGGUCACGCCACCAACUCCUACCUGGAACAAUUCAAUGCCUAUCACGCUUGAAAAGCUCCAAAUUGAGAACAGUACGUCGUCAAUUGAUACUACUCGUGAACAUGUUGCUGAUGACGAUCGACCAAAGGAGAAAAGGGAGAUGGCCUACAGUCCUCGCGGGGAGGAUUUGGAAGCAUACAACAAGUUUCUUACUGAAUUGCAACAAGACUUCGGAACUGCGGAUGAUCAAGAGGACGCGGACACUACAAUCACUGCGAUCAAACAAGUACCCAUUCUCAAAAAGGCUCGGCGUCAUAGGUCAUCUACUACUAAUAAAGAUCAGCUGUUUACCACCUCGGAAAAGACGCAAAUUGCUAAACCAAGAAGGUCUUGUGCUUCAUUGACUGUAGACCAGCCUAUUGCUACAAGUUCAAAGACUUCGUUGAGCAGUUAUAGUGAUUCAGAUGAAAUUGCAACAAAUGAAUACGAUCCUAGCCAAGAAUGCUCAUCGGAGACCGGAAGUAGUAUUGUGGGCGGUAUACGACAAAGAAAUGGAUACCAAGACGGUGAAACGGAAGAUACCUCGGCAACACAUGAUGAAGAAAUAUUGCAAAGCUCCGUUGACAGUAGUAUGAGCUAUGCAACAAUCGAUCAGACUACUGAUGCACAAAUGGAAAUUCUUGAUUGUCGUAUUCAGUCAGUUCGAAGAUUCGACAUGACAGCUUCAGUACCACCAUCACCACGUAUGAUCCGAUGUGAUUCACAACAAUCUCUUCUCAGUCAAGCAAAAGCAAUAAGCAAAGAAGAGGAAGAUCAAAAAAGGGACUCAUUGCCAAGUAUCUCUCACCGUACUUCUAGAACGCCGAGCGAGACAUCAUUUAAUCAAUUCGGAACGCAACCAAUCUUUGCAAGAGAUUGCCGACUUCAAAGUGUUGAUGUGAAAACGGGAAGUUCUGAGGCCAAUAUGGCUGUGACAUUGAAUUGGACUUCGAUGAUUGAUUCAAGCGCGCUAAAUACCAGUCGGCCAUCCCAUAUCGUUCACGGCAAAUUGCAACUUGAAGAGAGUGAAGUGGAACGUAUUGCGCGUGCAUGGAUUGAUACACAGCUUGGUCAAAUGGGUCGCGAGCAAGCAUUGUCGAGCUCUGAGGGACUGAGAAGAGCGUCAGAAAAACUUUCAUUAGGAUUGACCGAAGAAGAGAUACGAAAAGUCAAUCAAUCAGUAUUGGAACAGCGUCAACGUGAAAUCUUGGCUUCUGCGUACGCAUCUACCCUGCACAACAGAGAUCAAAUACGUGAAAAGAUGACAAGCGAAAGACUUCGAAACACUUCCACAACAAGUUCAGAUGAUUCUUGCAAACAAAGGAGAAGGUCUUUGCACUUGAAGCCAGAUCAACUUCCAUCUCCCGGACUUUUCAUCGAUACAGAAAGUGCAACUCUUUCCGAAUCCAUCUUGAGUAAAGGAUUGACCAGUUCUCCCAGCAGGUUUCAUCCUUUGAUCAGUCCAGUCAGUGCAACAAGCUCAGCUCGACAGAGCUUUAACAGCAUUGCAUCUUACAAGCGAUUAUCGCCAAAGAAGUUACGUGAGUGAAACUGGAG